AUGUACUCUGCUUGCCAGCAACAAAUGAUCCAGAUAGGCUCUACAAGUAUAAUCUCUUGGUUCAUUCUGGCGAUGAUCAUGCUAUACAUCCUCUACUCCUCCAACCUCGUCCUCUUUCAGAAUGAGCAUCGAGAUUGUUCCCCACAUUUAGAUGACGCCUCCACGAAACACUUUCAUCUGACUAACACAUCCUCAGCUACCAUUAACGACCAAGAGAAAGCUGGCAGAGGCGAAGAAACAAAAGAAAAGAACCUUACAGUUAGAUCACCGCCCCCUCUGUUAUCUAAAAGGCAGGACACCGAACUCAAACACAUUGUGUUUGGGAUAGCAGCUUCAUCCAAAUUGUGGGAUACCAGAAAGGAAUACAUAAAGAUAUGGUGGAAGCCUAACGUAACCAGAGGGAUAGUCUGGUUGGAUGGAAAAGUAAGUACUAAAAGUGACGAGGGGCUGCCCCAGAUUCGAAUUUCUGGAGACACCUCAAAUUUCAAAUAUACGAACCCUCAGGGGGAUAGAUCUGCACUGAGGAUUUCAAGGGUAGUAACCGAGACAUUCAAGCUUGGGAUGAAGGAUGUGAGGUGGUUCGUGAUGGGAGACGAUGACACAGUGUUUGUGGUAAAUAAUGUAGUCAGAAUUCUUUCCAAGUACGAUCACAGACACUUCUACUAUAUUGGGAGCUCAUCAGAGAGUCAUGCUCAGAAUAUAUACUUCUCUUAUUCCAUGGCAUAUGGUGGAGGAGGAUUCGCUAUAAGCUAUCCAUUGGCCAAGGAGUUGGCCAACGUACAGGAUCGUUGCAUUCAGCGAUACCCGGGUUUAUAUGGCAGCGAUGACCGAAUUCAAGCUUGCAUGGCUGAGAUAGGUGUGCCGCUAACCAAGGAACUUGGGUUUCAUCAGUAUGAUGUGCACGGAAACCUAUUAGGCCUCCUGGGGGCACAUCCCGUGACCCCACUAGUGACAAUGCACCACCUUGAUGUUGUGGAACCCAUAUUCCCCCGAAUGAACAGAGUACAAGGCCUCAGACACCUGAUGCAAUCCAUCAAGAUGGACUCGUCCAGCAUAAUGCAGCAAUCAAUCUGCUACGACAGAAGCAGAUACUGGUCCAUCUCUGUAUCGUGGGGCUACGUGGUUCAAGUCCUCAAGGGAGUAUUGUCCCCAAGAGAAUUAGAGAUGCCCUCGAGAACCUUUCUCAAUUGGUUCAAAAAAGCUGAUUACAACGGAUACUCCUUCAACACGAGGCCUGUUUCCCAUUACCGCUGUCGAAAACCCUUCAUUUUCUACAUAAACACGUCUCGAUACGAUCGAGCCAGUAAACAAAUUGUUGGGACAUAUACUCGUGAGAAAUCUAGACUUCCUUUUUGCCAGGGGGAAAUGGAAACUCCGGAAAAAAUCAACUCCAUUGUUGUUUUAAAGCAACCAGAUCCUUUUCGUUGGCAAAAGUCGCCAAGGAGGGACUGUUGUAGAGUUCUGCCAUCACAUCGAAGAUCAACCAUGUACAUAUGGGUGGGCAAUUGUCGAGAUGGUGAAGUGGCUGAAUUGUAG